CUCACAGAGGUAAUGGGACAGAAACAGGACAAAGAGAAAGUCUUGACCGAUGCUGUUAUUGACUAUGAGAUUUUAAACCAAAGUGAGGAGGAUGCACAUUCCAACAGCACAGAAUCUAUACGCAGCCAAGGAACAGAUCAGGAAUUUGUUCAGGAGCCAAUAAGACUUAAUGACAACAGUGAGCCCUCUCUCAACCAGGGCGGAAAAAGAGUCAGUCAGAGUAAUGACACAAAUGUUUUACAGAAUGUCAAGACACCAAAUCCUCAGCUGAGCCCAACAAGAGUUCCACGUGCCUCAGAAUUCAAAACGCUAGAAAACGAAGCAACUGCUACAGACAGUCUGGGCAUAUUUGGUGCUGUGGGUCAGCAGCAGGAUUACAAAACAAAAGGAAUGACUAACAAAACUCUGCCGCAUCCCAAGGAUACUCCAAACAUGUUAGAAUGUUCUUGUCAAGGGGAUUCAACAGAGGAUGUUGAGCGCAUUGAGAAGAAUGAGACACGGACAGUGUCUGACAGACACAAUAGGAACAAAGGGGCAAAGGCAAUACAUAAGACGGUUGAAGAUGGAGAAAUUAAGCAAGAAUCUUUGCGGAAGCACUUUUGCCCUGUAAUGCUACAGGGAGAAUCAGAGAAUGCUAAAUUACUUGAAAGAAAGCCAUUCCAGGAUAAAGGAGUUUCAGAGGACAAAGAGCAUUUCAAUGAUUCCCAAACAUCAUAUGAUUAUGAAUGUGACCAGACCCUAAAUAAUGAUAUGAGUAUCAUUUGUGAUGGAGUUUGCAAUGAUAGUUCUGAAAGUCUUCAACAAGACAUUUCUGCUGCUGACAGACUUGAAUAUUUGGAUAGAGACAAUUCUUUGUGCCUGGAGACUGUGACUUCAGAUUCUCUGUCAAUCACUGGACUCAGUAAACAUGAUACUUUAGGCUUCCAAGAGGACAAAAAUAUCAGUUCAGUAUCUCCCAGCAUGGCUGAUAUUUCAAAAUGUAUUUCCCAAAAGCAUAAUGAUGCUUCACAAACUAAUAGUCAUUUUGCAAUGAAACCAAAAGAAAACUUGAGAAAAGACCAUAGAAGCCAGACUUUGCAUACACCAUUACCAAUGUUGGGAAGAGAAGAGACUAUAAGCUCUGAUUGCUGCAAAAUUAAAGAUUUGGAUGGUGCUGAUGGCGACACUGCAAGAGGGACACUGACAGCCUCUUUGCAACAGGAAAGAGAGCCUCUCUAUUUCACUGCCGUGAUCACACCACAACUUCAGAUUCAUACAUUUCCUGAUCAAGAGAGAAGGAAGUCAUCUGAUGUCUCCCAUUUAUAUGUCCCUUACACUGAGAUGCCGACUAUGAUCCCCGACAUUCUAUCUGAAGACACUCAGAAGACAGAGAAAAAUAAUAAAAUCAAAGGACCACCACCACCUGUUCCAAAGAAACCAAAGAAUCCCUUUAUAAAGGCUGUUACUCGUAAAGAAUCUGCUUCUCAUUCCAUUGAUGAGGCAAGCGAAUAUUCAGAUCUACUGCUCAAAAAUAUUAAAAUGGGCAGAAAGCAGGCAGCACUGGAUUCUUUUGAGGCUUUUAAUAUGCAUGCAUCAUGUCUGGAUAUGUUACCUUAUUGCACAGUCUCUCCUGAGUCCCCAUCCUGCAUGUACAUGUCCAUAGGGUUUGAGCCUGAGGUUGAUAUUCCAAGAAAUUAUUUGGACAUAUACGAUGAAAGGGUUGCACCUGACUGUGAUGACGUGACAGGAACUGUUGAUGAUUCUUAUGAUAAAAAACAAAUAGGUUUGGAUAUGUCUCAGCUGAGGCCAUUAUUAAAGAAAAAAGCAAAAAUGAAGGGCCCACCACCACCUGUUCCAAAGAAAACUCGUAAUCCAUUUGCUCAAACUGAUACAGAGAAGAUCUUCUCAGGUAAAGACUCGGUUUUGGCAAAUGAGGAAUGUUCUAUCAAAUAUGCUAAAGAUGACUCUGAAAGCUAUGUGCUGGGCAUUGAGCAUAAAGAAGACUCUCAACCGAUCUCAGCCUCAACCAGAUAUCCUCAUGCCUGUAGGAUUCCAAGCAGUGAUUCUUCUACCUCAGAGGAAAAUGAACUGUCCAGUUUCAGGCCCGUCUCCAAACUCAUAAGAGAAAGCAACAAAAUCCAGGAGAAAGUGAUACAUCACAGCAGGACAAACAUAACGGAAGCCAGGCCAGAUGGAGCUGCUGGAAGCCAGAGCCUAAAAGUAUCACAGAUGAAGAGAGCCUUUGAUGUCCAAACUUCUCCCAAUAAAAUGGGAAGAAGAUCCUCGCCAAAGCAAGAAAUGAUCAGACGAGUUGUACGACAGAGUAAAUUCCGUCAUGUGUUUGGCCAGGCGGUGAAGAAUGACCAGUGCUAUGAUGACAUCAGGGUUUCGCGGGUUACCUGGGACAGUUCCUUUUGUGCAGUAAACCCCAAAUUUGUUGCAAUUAUUGUGGAAGCUAGUGGUGGAGGAGCUUUUCUUGUUCUCCCUCUGCAAAAGACGGGUCGUAUUGACAAGGCCUACCCCACUGUUUGCGGUCACACAGGUCCUGUACUGGACAUCGACUGGUGCCCAAACAAUGAUCACGUCAUUGCCAGCGGCUCUGAAGAUUGUACAGUUAUGGUGUGGCAGAUCCCUGAGAAUGGCCUCACCUCUCCUCUUUCUGAGCCAGUCGUGGUUUUGGAGGGCCAUUCCAAGAGGGUGGGGAUAGUGACGUGGCAUCCAACAGUCCGCAAUGUUCUGCUAAGUGCAGGAUGCGAUAACCUCAUCAUCAUUUGGAACGUGGGCACAGGAGAAGCCAUGAUCAACCUGGAGGACAUGCAUCCUGAUGUGAUCUUCAGCGUCUGCUGGAGUCGCAACGGCAGCCUCAUUUGUACUGCUUGCAAAGACAAGAAACUGCGAGUCAUCGAUCCACGCAAAGGGAAGAUCACUGCAGAGAAGGACAAGGCCCAUGAGGGGGCUCGACCAAUGAGGGCCAUCUUUCUGGCUGAUGGAAACAUCUUCACCACCGGCUUCAGUCGUAUGAGUGAACGGCAGCUGGCCUUAUGGAAUCCAAAAAGCAUGGAGGAUCCAAUAUCUGUGCAUGAAAUGGACACCAGCAACGGAGUGUUACUUCCAUUCUAUGACCCUGACACCAAUGUUGUGUACCUGUGUGGAAAGGGUGACAGCAGUAUCCGUUACUUUGAGAUCACAGACGAGGCGCCAUAUGUGCACUACCUCAACACGUUUUCCAGUAAGGAGCCCCAGAGAGGCAUGGGCUACAUGCCUAAAAGAGGCCUAGACGUCAACAAGUGUGAGAUAGCCAGGUUUUAUAAACUUCAUGAGAGAAAGUGUGAGCCAAUUAUCAUGACCGUCCCUAGAAAGUCAGACCUCUUUCAGGAUGACCUGUAUCCCGACACAGCAGGUCCUGACCCUGCACUGGAGGCUGAAGAGUGGUUUGAAGGCAAGAACGGUGAACCAAUCCUGAUCUCCCUCAAACAUGGCUAUGUGCCGGGCAAGAACCGUGACCUCAAAGUAAUCAAGAAAAAUGUGCUGGAUAACAAGACAGCCAAGAAGGCAGAGGAGCCACCAACUCCUCAGAAGCCUGUCGCCUCUCCCAAGAUAACCAGAAAGAAUGAAGUGAAGUUAGAGGAGCUGCUGCGAGAAGUGAAGUCCCUUAGAGAUCUGGUCACACUGCAGGACAGGAGAAUCGCCAAACUGGAAGAGCAGGUGGCUAAAGUGGCAAUCUAAGACACUGGUGGUGAUCUGAGCCAUUGCGCCAAUAUGGAGAGAGUGAGAUUCAGUUGGGCAGGGGGGAGGGCGGUGUCAGUCACUGCCAAAGUUCUCAAUUUGACUCGAUCAUUCCGCUUGGUGUUUCUCACAAAGACAACUUCAAGCCACAUUCCAAGAUGGACUUUUACUUUUGUCAAGUCUCCCCCAAGCAUUCACAUAACAAAAAAGGAAUUUAGUGGCGAUGGGCGGUCACUGGUUUAACUGGUGUUUUACAUUUUGUUAAAAUGUUCUUACUUAUUGUUAUUGUAACAAUAUUUCCAGAUGUAUUCUGAUAUUAACCGGUUACAGAGUGUUGUUGUAUAUACACAUCAGUAUUUUUCUUUCCUUUUAUGUUGUGCUGCCAAAUUUGAGGUGACACAGUUGCCUCUCCUUUUAUUUCUACUUUUGUAUGUUUUUUUCCCCAAGUUGUAGGUAGAGUGGCUUACUGAAAAACAAGGAUUUACAUGUCAUACUGUUCAAUGUGGGACAUCAGCAAAACAAAGGCAGUUGGAACUGUGUUCAUAUGAUUUUUAAGUGAUUGUAAAGGCCAUUGGUACUUUAAGAAACUAAGUAUAAAUAAGUAUAUGUAGUGAAACACAAGAGAUGUUCAUAACCAUUAAAACUUAUGGAGUGCUUACAGUAAUCACACACAUCAAUGAGCUUCUCAUUCGACAUUUAGGAUUUUAAAAGCAGUCUAACAUUGUCCGUUGUGGUGAUUAUGAUAGCUGGAGUAUUAAAGGGAUAGAUCACUCAAAAAUGAACAUUCUCUCAUAAUUUACUCACCCUCAUGCCAUCCCAUAUGUAUGAAUUCCUUUCUUCUACGUAACACAAAUUAUGAUUUUUAGAAGAAUAUUUCAGCUCUGUAGGCCAUGCAUUGCAAUUGAAUGGGUGCCAAAAAGCACAUAAAGGUAGCAUAAAAGUAAUCCAUAUGACUCCAGUGUUUUAAUCCAUAUCUUCAGAAAUUAUAUGGUAAGUCCAUUUUGCUAUAAAUUCUUCUCUCUGCCCAGUAGGGUGCGAUAUGCAUGAAGAAUGUGAAUCACCAAAAACACAAGAAGAAGAAAGUGAAAGUGUAGAUUGACUGAGCAGGAGAAUUUAUAUUUAAAAAAGGACUUAUAUUGAUCUGUUUCUCACCCACACCUAUCAUAUCUCUUCUGAAGACAUGGAUGUAACCACUGGAGUCUUAUGGAUUACAUUUAUGCUGGUUUAUUUGAUUUUUGGAUUUUCAAAGUUUUGUCACCCGUUCACUUGCAUUUUAUGGACCUACGGAGCUACAAAAUUCUUCUAAAAAUCUUAAUUUUAGUUCAGCAGCUGAAAGAAAGCAAUAUCCAUCUUGGAUGGCAUAAGGGAGUGUAAAUGAUGAGAGAAUUAUCAAUUUUGGGUGAACAAUUCCCUUCACACACUGCUUUGUGAUCAACAUACUUCAUGAUAAGACAUCUGAGGACAGGGUUUUACAAAAUAUACCACAAUAAGUUAAAAUAAUAUGAACAGAAGCAAUAACAUAAUGUUGCAAAAUGAAUGUGAACGUAAAGGUUUGAUAAGCAUUAACAUGCGUUAUCGUGUAUAGAAUUCAUAAAUCAAAUACCUGCAGUUGUUUCAACUUUAUUGUACUAUAAUUAUGAAAUUACUGUUGCACCUCAGGAAAUUAACCACUUUGAAGUCAAAACAUAGGAUGCUCAAAACUUACAUGAAGUUUUUGCCCACAGACGCGUUAUCUUAUUUUGAUUAGGAAAUGACAUUUGUUUUGCUGUUUUGAAAUUCAAACAUUAUCCAUGCUCUCCAGUUUUUUCACCACAUUGUAAUUAUUUAUAAUCAUGUUACAGAAUAUUGGGCUUACAGACACAUGAUCUGAUAUGUGAACUCGGCUUUAAGAGGCAGUGGCUACCUGCGAGCUCUUCUGAUGUACAUGUACCUUAAAUGUAUUGGUGCCUCUGUGUGUGUUACUGGUUUUAGACAGACCUCCGUGCUGAAGGACAACAUCCAUGAAUCUGAGCACUUAUCUGUGUCCUAAACAGUCUUGUGCAUGCAUUCCAAAUUUCACCUAAAAUAAAAAAAGGUUGACUCUACAAUAAAUCCUUUCUUUUAUACUUCUUUGUGAAAUCUGCUGUUUCAUUUUCUUGGUGUUUCAUUGAUUGUUUACUAUGAUAUCAUGCAAAUUUGAAUAACCAAAAUUAUGUUUACUAUGUCUGUCAAUAUGAUUUCACAUGCCCCUUUGCUGUUAUGGUUACAUGAGAUGCCUGAGAAACCAUCAAAAUCAUUGUGAUAUAUUUUCUUUGUCUGUUCAUUGCAAGGUUAAGUAAUGUUUGGCUUCAUAUCCUACAUUCUAAGGUAAUUAUUUUGCAGUGAGGAUUGAAUAACAUGAAAAGAAAACAUACUACAUAAUUUAGCCUCAUUUCUCUCUCUCUGUAUGCUCUUAAAGCGGCUGUUUCCACGAUCUUGUAUGUCUUGACAAGUCAUUAUACGUCCAAGAUACCUCCUCCUCUGGGACCUGAUUGCUUCUGUUAAAAGGCCAACACGUUUCUCAUACUUGCUAUGUCACAAGCAUUAAGAAGAGACAAGACCAAAAUCGGUUUGGUUAGUUUUCUCAUUCUGCAGUAUGGCAUUCUGUAUUCCGUCUAAAAACAUUUUUUUUGGUAAUUAUUUCAUGAAUAAUUUGCAUUUUAUGGUAUAAUAUUAAAGGAAUGUUAUCUAUUCCAUACAAGUUUUUGUAUUGAUCUUUUGGUUUUUUUGUGCCAUAAUGUUGAUUACCACAAACAUAUUUAUUAAUGUUUAUGGAUUGGCCUUAUUCACUUCCAUUGUGCCUUACCAUAACCAUGAUUUAUUUUUCUUUUCUUUUUUUAUAUAA